UGCAGCAGAUUUGCACAGCUCUCCAGAACCACACUAGGACGAAAUGGGAUGGGCCACUGGUAUCAAAGAAGCCUCCCAUCAUUUCAUGACUGGCACAAACUCUCAAGUGCCGAGCUCCUUGGUUAAAUGUAUUUAGAGCUGGACCGGAUCUGUAUGAUGCCUUUUACUUCCCCAUAGAUUUCAUUUUAAGUAUCACGAGCAGAGCAGUCACAACCCUUCAGUGCAUCAUCUGAAUGGAAAUAUGGACACCUUCAAAGGAGGAAUUUUGACUCAACAUGUCCAGGAACUAUGAGCCUGGUCACUCAGUAGGGAUGUUGGCUGCCGUGGAACAUGGUCCCAUCCUCUGCAGCGACUCCAACAUCCUCUGCCUCUCGUGGAAAGGCCGGGUUCCCAAGAGCGAGAAGGACAAGCCUGUGUGCCGGAGACGGUACUACGAGGAGGGCUGGCUCGCCACGGGGAACGGGAGAGGAGUUGUUGGGGUGACAUUUACAUCAAGUCACUGCAGGAGGGACAGAAAUACCCCCCAAAGAAUCAAUUUUAACCUACGAGGGCAUAACAGCGAGGUUGUCUUGGUGCGUUGGAAUGAACCCUUUCAGAAGCUGGCCACGUGUGAUAUGGAAGGAGGUAUUUUUGUAUGGAUUCAAUAUGAGGGAAGAUGGUCUGUGGAGUUAGUGAACGACAGAGGAGCUCAGGUGAGUGACUUUACCUGGUCCCAUGAUGGCACUCAGGCCCUCAUUGCGUAUAGGGAUGGCUUUGUGUUAGUCGGGUCAGUCAGCGGACAGAGACACUGGUCGUCUGAGAUCAACCUGGAGAGUCAAAUCACCUGUGGCAUCUGGACACCUGACGAUCAGCAGGUAUUGUUUGGUACGGCGGACGGUCAGGUGAUAGUGAUGGACUGCCAUGGACGGAUGCUAGCCCAUGUUCUCUUGCACGAGUCUGACGGGAUUGUGAGCAUGUCCUGGAAUUGCCCCAAUUUCCUAGUGGAGGACAGUACAGAGAGUGACACUGACUCAGACGACAAUGUUCUGCCUUUAGUGCGGAGGGUCAAGCCUUUGCUGACCGUCAGCUUCUUAUCAGGAGAUAUCAGUUUAAUGAACAACUAUGAUGACCUCUCACCUAACAUAAUUCGCUCAGGACUGAAAGAUGUUGAGGUCCAGUGGUGCUCCCAGGGAGACCUGCUGGCUGUGGCCGGCAUGGAGAGACACGGGCUCCCUUCCGACUCCGCCUGCGCAUCCAUCAUGCGGAAUGCCCUUGUUAAGUUCUAUAAUGUCCAAGGAGAGCACAUUUACACUUUAGAGACGCCUGCACAGAGACCCAUCACCACCAUUUGUUGGGGCCAUAGGGACUCUCGGCUGUUCCUUGCAUGUGGACCAGCUCUAUAUGUGGUGCGUGUGGAGCACAGGGUGGCCAGCCUCCAGCUGCUGUGCCAGCAGGGCAUUGCCAGUGCCCUGCGAGAGGAGAGAGAUGUGGGGAAACUGAACAUGCCCUCCCUUCUCUGUUCCUAUGUGACCACUGCUUUCAUACCAACCAUCAAGCCUCCGAUUCCUGACCCCAACAACAUCCGUGACUUUGUUAGCUAUCCCACAGCUGGCAAUGAGAGGCUCCACUGCACCAUGAAGCGAGCAGAGGACAACCCCGAGGCAGGUGGACCCUGCUACACUCUCUACCUGGAACACUUGGGAGGACUAGUGCCCAUCCUCAAAGGACGACGCAUCAGCAAGCUCCGGCCUGAGUUUGUCAUUAUGGAUCCAAAAACAGACAGCAAGGCAGAGGAGGUGUGUGUGAAUCCCAUGAUCUCCUACACUGACAGCUGUAACUGCUCAGACUCCAGCGACAUUGAGCUGAGUGAUGAGUGGGUUGGGAAGAAGUCACCAAAGUUAUCCAGAGGAAACAGAUCACCCAAACUCUCCAGAAUGAACAUGGAAUCUAGAAAAUCUCCUAAACUUUCACGGGCCAAUCAGGAAGGUCAGCGAUCUCCACGGUUACCAACAAAGAAGCCACCAGUUCGUUCCCCUAGUCUGACACGCCGAGAGUUUUCCAUGGACGGAAUUACAGAGCACAAUUACCUCGCUCAAGUUACAUCCAACAUCUGGGGGACAAAGUUCAAAAUUGUUGGGCUUGCUUCUUUCCUGCCUGCCAAUCUCGGUGCAGUCAUUUAUAAGACCAGUUUGCUUCAUCUGCAACCGAGACAGAUGACAAUCUACCUUCCAGAAGUGCGAAAGAUUUCACUUGACUUCAUGAGCCUGCCUGUUUUCAACCCGAAUGUGUUUAGCGAAGAUGAGGAUGACUUACCAGUGAUGGGUCCAUCUGGAGUGGCUGGGGACAAUCCUCCCUGCACAGUUAACAUUCCCAUUGCUCCCAUCCAUAGUCCAGCCCAGGCCAUGUCCCCAACUCAGAGUAUUGGCCUGGUUCAGUCUCUUCUGGCCAAUCAGAAUAUUCAGCUUGACGUUUUGACCAAUCCUACAGCCACUGCAGCAGCAGCGGCAGCGGCGGCAGCAGCUUCUGUCCCUGUUGCUGAUCACAGCCAGGACACUGUUGCAGCACCGUACCCAGUGCCAACUAGAUACUCUAACCCUGGACAGGUGAUCUUCAGUGGGCUAGAGAUGGGACCUCUUCUCCCCGGUACGUUACCUCCCCCACCUCCGCCUCACCAUCUUCCACCUCAGCCACAUCCACCGCGGUCUCAUCCACAGCAGCCUCACCAACAACAGUCAAAGCAGUCACAGCAAAUACAGACACAACAGCAGCAGAAAUUGCAUCUUCAACAACAACAGCAGCAGCAGCAGCAGCAGCAACACCACCAUCAACCGCAACAAUCACAGCAGCAACAACAACAAGCACAGCAAAUACAGCAGCAACAUCAACAGCUGCAGCAGCAACUACACCACCACCAGCAACUACAUCAACAACAGCAGCAACAACAUCAUCAACAGCAACAACAACAGCAGCAACAACAGCAACAGCAGCAGCAACAUCAACAGCAUCAGCAUCAACAACAGCAGGUUCAGCAGCACCAUCAAAUGCAACAAAAUCAGCAGCAGGUGUCAAGCCAACAACAGUUUCAGCAUCAACAGCAGAUCCAACAGCAACAGCAACAGAUGCAACUGCAACACGAGCAGAUGCAGCAACAGCAGCAACAGAUGCAACAGCAACAGCAGCAAAUCCGACAACAGAUUCAAGAGAUGAGGCAGCAGCAGCAACAGCUCCAGCAGCAACAUCAGCAGAUCCAACAGCAACAUCAACAGAUGCAGAGGCAACACCAACAAAUGCAGCAGCAACUGAAGAUGCAGAUCACACUGCCUCCUCCUCCCUCGGGCUAUCCAACCAUCUCCUUACAGCAGCUUCAUCUUCUGCCACAGAUUCCUCCUCCCACCACUGAGCCUGGACUAGACAGGGGAGAACAUGGACACACUCUGAAGCCAAGUCUGCCCCGGUCUUUACCUCCCUCUUUCAUUGAUGCCGAAGGAUCAGUGGAGAUUCAGAUGAGGAAGGUGAAUCCUCCUCCUCCAUAUCCAGGUACGGUGGUUUCUGCAGCUGCAGCAACAGCCUCAGCUCCUCCUCAAACCCUCAUCACCAACUGUGACAGCCCCAGUGUCCUGGCGCCAGAUUCCUGCCUCAAGAAGGACGAAUUCUUGCUUCACCCAGUUACGUUACAGUACCCAACACCUUUGGGAUAUGAAAGGAUCACCACCUUUGACAGCAGUGGAAAUGUGGAGGAGGUGUGCCGGCCACGUAGACGCCUCAUUCGCAACCAGAAUGCAUAUGCUGUCCAAGGCAUUGGAGGCUCAGCCACACUCAAAGUCACUUCAUCUGAGAAUAAAAAAAUACAGCUUCCCUACAGCUCAGCAACGUUAAGCCGUCUCUCUGUGCCCAGAUACUCAAUACCGAGUGGAGACCCUCCUCCUUACCCUGAUCCAGCAAAUCAAGUAACUGCAACACUUCCGCCUCCCCAGAGAAUUGACAAUAGUCUGAUUCAUGCCACUUUAAGAUGUGACCGCAGAGAUGUGGGGCUCAAAGUGCCACAGAUGAUGGCUGAUAGCUCGAGAACCCUUCCGACCAAGUCCAAAAUGAACAGUGCCCUAGCGCUGUCCUACCAGCAGAGGGUGCCCACUGCAUUGUACACAUGCACACAGUGUAGCAGCAAUAGCAGCAGCACCAGUGUCAGUGUCAGUGGUGGUGGAACUACCAGCAGUGGCAUUGCAGGUGGCACAGUGGUGAGGCAGGAUUUUCCACCAGGGAAAGGUGCACAUCACAGUACCAUCAUUGUGCACUCCAAAAGUGCGUCUCCCCUGGCCUCCCAGUCAUCUUACAGUCUGCUGAGCUCUGUGGAUAACAGUAGGGACAGAACAGUGUACGUUAACUCUGCCUUUACUGAAGAUGAGACUCUAAAUCAGCAGUGUCACCUUGAGAAAUCGGUACGUCACCUUACUUUAGGUGAUGUCAGUUUGACAGUUAAACGCCCGCCACCUUACCAGUGGGACACCUCCACUACAGAGGAGUUCUGGCUGUCCCCAGAGCAGACUAUGUUGGCUCCCCCACCAGGACCUCACAAACCACCUCCACUCAUUUUUAGUCAAGCUCAGCACUUGGAUAUGAGCCGGUUACCUUUUGUUCUCACAACUAAACCUCCCACUAGUCCCAGCACUAGCACUCUUACAUUCCCAUCAGGUUACCAGAUAUCCCUCUCACCAUUUCCUCCAGGUGUGGGUCACAGUGGACCAACACUUCAGCCCUUGCAGAACCCUCCACCACAGUGCUCUCCCAAUGAAGUGGUUGCCCCAGUUCCUUUUGCUCAGCAGGACCCCAGUUUGGUCUUACCACCAGGAUACCCACCCAACCUUGCUAACUUGGCUUGCUGCCCUCUGCCUCCAAUGUACCCCGGGGCCAGCUCAUGUGCUGGACUUCAGCUGCACCCUGUUAACUUGCACCCCUGGAAUCCCUACCCCUGCCCACCUCCCAUGCAAGACCCUCCAUCCCAUCCUGCCCCACCUCUCCCCACCAAAACUCAUCAGAUGUUAGAGAAGCCAAUUCUCUCCCCACCUCCUCCAACUGCACCACCUCCACCUCCACCUCUCCCUCCCCCUCCCCCACCCACUGAGCUACCACCAUCCAAAAGUGCUACAGAAGAUCUAGCAGAGUCUGCCAACAACUUUCCAGAGCCAUCGUCCCUCAAUGAAAGCCCUGUCCCGCAAGAAUCAGAGCGCUUCAGCAAAAAGAGCCGUAAAAGACUGGACAGCAGAGCUGAGGAGGCCAAUAUGCCGACUGUCUCAGAGGGCAAAUCCAGGAAGGAGGGGCGUGCACUUUCUGACUUCAACACUCUCAUUUCCAGCCCAAGGCUUGGUGGCAGAGAGAAGAAGAAGCCCAAAGGUCAGAGGGAGCAACUCAAUAAAACCAAGAAGAUGAACAGGACCACAAAUGAGUUCCAGGACAGUUCAGAGAGUGAGCCGGAGCUUUUUAUUAGCGGCGAUGAGCUAAUGAACCAGAACCAGAGCAGCAAAAAGAGCUGGAAGAACAAGCGCAGCCUACGCAUGGCAAGUGAGCUGGAGGAGAUUAAAUGCCGCAAAGCAAAUGAGAGAGAAGACCGCAGUUUGGGCAGCCAAGGAUUUGUUUACGUUAUGGCCAAUAAACAGCCAUUAUGGAAUGAAGCCACCCAAGUCUACCAGCUUGACUUUGGAGGACGUGUUACUCAGGAGUCAGCGAAGAACUUCCAGAUUGAGCUGGAUGGUAGACAGGUGAUGCAGUUUGGGAGAAUUGAUGGCAAUGCCUAUAUUCUGGAUUUCCAGUAUCCUUUUUCAGCAGUGCAGGCAUUUGCUGUUGCCUUGGCCAACGUGACUCAACGGCUUAAGUGAAAAAGGUGCUCUAAUCUGUGCUUGUGACAAAAUAAAGACUUAUUUUGUUAUUUUAGGUCGAUUCAAAUGAAUAGUUAAUGGCCUUCAACCCAUCAAUGUGGGAUAUCAGUUGGGUAAAAUGAGGUGUCAGAGUUCUUUUUUUUGCAAGAGGAGAUUAAUAUAUAACUUGUUCUCUCACAUGCAAAUAAUUUACAAUCAAUCUCUGGAGGGCAAUAUUAAUCUGAGAAAAUGUUAGUGAAAGAAAAACCUUGCUAGAGAUCCAUCAUUGUCAGUUCAUGUGUUGAAUGUACUCAAGCUGAUAUUAUUCAUUAUUUAAAUGUUGGAUAAACAGAGGUUAAAAGACAUACAUGUUCAAACGAAUUUCAAAAGUCGAACCUGGAAGUACAGUGCCACCUGUGGUGCUAAUAACAUUCUCUUCACUAAAGUUGAUUGAAAGCACUUAGAUUGCAAUGACUGACAGUAUGUGAUGACCAAUCGAGACUUUUAAAUGUGUUUCAAAGUGAUAAAUGUUUUGGUUGCAUUUGUGUUGUCUGUGUGGCAAAAAUAGACCUUUAUCUUUAUUUAUUUAUGGUGUGAUCCAAAGUUGCAGAGAGAUUAAUUUUCACCACCACAUCAUAUAUCAUAUAUAUGUAAAAACAAAUCCACUUUUAUCCACUUUCAGUCAGUAUAGCUUAUUCUUUGGGACAGUUCAGUGUUGGCUUAGCAGUUUCCUGUGAUAUAAUAACUUUUUUUCUAAUAUUCUUUUCUCAUAAAUCCAUGUAUAUUCAAGGGAAAGUGUUUCCAUCCAUUUCAUGUUUUAAAUCUCUCAAAAAGUUUGAUGUGCAAUAGAGGACCAUAUUGAUUGUGUAAAUGCAACACAAAGAGUGAAAAAAGAGUUAAAACAUGAAGGUAAAAUUGGUCAUAGUUUAUCAUAUUUCUGUCCGUGUUUCUGCUAUGAAGUGGUCUAAUGACUCUAAUGUGGUAAAUUAUUAAUUUUGUCAUGAAUAAUUUUUUAUUUUGAUGUGUUUGUCAAAACUACAUUGUUCGUUGUUUUUCAUCUCCAAAACUCUCCUCUGAAAUGUCUUAUUAUGUCGCAAGAAAUGGUCUGUACUAUAGGUUUACAUGUGAUCUGAAAGAGGAAAAAGAAAAAAAAAAAAAAAACUUUAAUGAUCCCUGCGGGGAAAUUGGGUCAAAAUAAGCUGCAUAUCCUGACCAGACUAUCCUGUGUAAAGAUCCUAGAUCCUCUCAGUUUCUCUUAAGCUUGGUUGACUCUGUGUUGUUGUCACUGGGUGUUUAUGAUGCUACUUGAAAAUUGCAUUUGAAUGUGAAGUAGUUUGCCUCUCCGGAAAUCAAUGCUGCUUUAGAUAGAUCAUAAUGCUACCUAAUUAGAACCGAUGUUGUACUCGCAAAUCAGAACAUGAAGCUGCUUGUGCUGUCUAUUUAGUAAAUAGCCUGAUGUCAUUAUAUGCUUAAACUAUUGUGCUCAUACGUUGCUUAUUUCAGUAACUAAGUUAUUUGCCUUUGCUUUGACAUAACACCAACAGAUUUUGGAUGUUAAGCUUGUAGAAAAAAAAAAGACUGAGAAAACGCUCAGUUUAACUUGUGACAAAGCAAAAGUAUUAAGUAAACCAUAUUAUUAAAGUGUAAAGAUUAAUUAUUACUAGGAGUGAGAUUCAUGUAGAUUUGGUGCUAACGUUUAAAGAAACACUUGUGGAACGUAUGGACAUUUGUCUUUUGCUGAUUCAAGGUUAUUUUAAAGUACUCUGAGAAAAUAUUUUGCAAUAAUCCAAUGCAGAGAUUUUUCAUUUAAGAAUGCCGCUUCAGAGACUCCAUGGGCCACAGUGUGUGUGUCAGUUAUCAUAAUUACUGCCUAAUGAAUAUUUGGUUGCCAGAUUUUUUUUUUUUUUUUUUUUUUUGGUCUUAUUUUGUAAAAGAAACAAUUAUGAUAUGACCGUAGGUUAAAUGGACCUAUAGGCUACCCAAAAGGUAAUUAAAAAAAUCUUUUAUUUCAGA